UGUACGCACAUCACUAUGCACACUUUGUGUUUGCUGGUGGUGGUGUUCGCAGUUCAAGCCCUGCUCGUAGUCCCUGAGGACCAUCCGCACAGGGCCCAUCGCCUCACUGGCUCACAGAAGUCUCAGCGGUGCAAAGCACUGUAUAAUACUCUUCACAAGAACCACCACACAUUGAGGCAUUCCCACAAAUGCAGCCAGCUCUUUCACAGAUCUCGUCUCCGCCAAGAGGACACCCCACCUAAGAUUGUCGAGCACCCAUCUGACCUGAUUGUAUCCAAAGGGGAGCCUGCCACUCUCAACUGUAAGGCAGAGGGCCGACCAACACCAACCGUGGAGUGGUACAAGGAUGGCGAGCGGGUGGAAACGGACAGGGACAAUCCUCGUUCGCAGCGCAUGCUGCUGCCCAGCGGCUCCCUCUUCUUCCUUCGCAUCGUCCACGGACGACGGAGCAAACCGGACGAAGGCUCAUACGUCUGUGUGGCUCGCAACUACCUAGGAGAAGCAGUGAGCCACAACGCCUCAUUGGAAGUAGCCAUUCUACGAGAUGAUUUCAGACAAAACCCUGCAGAUGUGAUCGUGGCAGCGGGAGAGCCUGCAGUCCUGGAGUGUCAGCCUCCUCGUGGACAUCCUGAACCCACCAUAUCAUGGAAAAAGGAUGGAGUAAAUAUCGAUGACAGAGAUGAGCGGAUCACUAUACGUGGAGGGAAGCUGAUGAUCACAAAUGCCCGUAAGAGCGAUGCUGGAAAGUAUGUGUGUGUCGGGACAAAUAUGGUUGGAGAACGUGAAAGUGAAAUAGCCGAACUUACAGUGUUGGAACGUCCCAGCUUUGUUCGUCGCCCAAGUAGCCAGGUGGUGUUAGUGGACCAAAGUGUGGAGUUUAAGUGUGAGGCCCGGGGUGACCCAGUUCCUACUGUACGCUGGAGGAAAGAUGAUGGCGACCUGCCCAAAGGAAGGUAUGAGAUUCGUGAGGACCACACCCUGAAGAUACGUCGCGUGAUCCCGGCUGAUGUCGGCUCCUACACCUGUGUGGCCGAGAACAUGGUGGGCAAGGCAGAAGCAUCGGCCACCCUCACCGUCCACGUUGUGUCUGUGCCGCCAACAUUUGUGGUGAGACCGAGGAACCAGGUGGUUGGAGUUGGCAGAACCGUCACUUUCCAGUGCGAGGCCACUGGAAACCCACAGCCAGCCAUUUUCUGGCAGCGGGAAGGCAGUCAGAACCUGCUGUUCUCCUAUCAGCCUCCUCAACCCUCCAGCCGGUUCUCCGUAUCUCAGACCGGAGACCUGACCAUCACUGACGCUGAACGCUCAGACGUGGGAUACUACAGCUGCCAGGCCCUGAACAUUGCUGGCAGUGUGAUCACCAAGGCUCUGCUAGAGGUUACUGAUGUGGUGUCAGACCGCCCGCCUCCGGUUAUACGACAGGGUCCGACCAAUCAAACAGUCGCUGUGGAUGGUACUGUGGUCCUGAACUGUGUGACAUCUGGAAGCCCCACCCCCACCAUCUUGUGGCGGAAGGACGGUGUGUUAGUGUCCACGCAUGACUCCAGGGUCAAACAGCUGGACACAGGUGCACUGCAGAUAAGAUAUGCCAAGCUUGGUGAUACCGGCACCUACACCUGCAUCGCCUCUACUCCCAGUGGAGAGGCUUCAUGGAAAGCCUUUUUAGAAGUCCAAGAAUUUGGAGCCCCAGUCCAACCUAACAGACCCACCGACCCAAACCUGAUCCCCAGUGCUCCUUUGAAACCCGAGGUUACAGAUGUGACCCGCACCUCCAUCACAUUAUCUUGGAAACCCAACCUUAACUCUGGAGCCACUCCCACCUCGUACAUCAUAGAGGCCUUCAGUCAUGCAUCGGGGAGCAGCUGGCAGACCUUGGCAGAACAUGUAAAAACGGAGUCAUCUGUACUGAAAGGCCUCAAACCCAGUGCAGUCUACCUCUUCUUAGUGCGUGCAGCCAAUGCCUAUGGACUUAGUGAUCCCAGUCCCGUCUCUGAUGCUGUGAAAACACAAGACAUCCCUCCCACCAGUCAAGGUGUGGACCACCGGCAGGUCCAAAGAGAACUGGGAGAAGUGGUCAUUCAUCUGCAUAACCCUACUAUUCUUUCAUCAUCAUCUGUCAGAGUGCAGUGGACAGUGGAACAGCAAUCACAGUACAUCCAGGGCUACAAGGUGAUGUACAGGCCCUCGCCAGAAGGCCAGCAGAAGAGCGAAUGGGCUGUGUUUGAGGUGCGGACCCCCGGAGAGGACAGCACGGUGGUGACGCAGCUUCGGAAGGGCGUCACGUACGAAUUCAAAGUCCGCCCGUUCUUCAACGAGUUCCAGGGAACAGACAGCGAUGUUAAAAUUGGCAAGACGCUUGAAGAAGCCCCCAGUGCCCCUCCUCGUAAGGUUACAGUGACAGAGAGUGGAGACAAUGGGACUGCCAUCGUCGUCUCCUGGCAACCCCCUCCAGAAGAGGAACAGAAUGGGGUGGUCCAGGAGUACAAGGUUUGGUGCUUGGGGAAUGAGAGCAGGUAUCACAUUAACCGAACAGUUGAUGGCUCGACGUUAUCCAUGCUGAUACCCAGCCUGAUCCCUGGCAUCCGCUACAGCGUCGAGGUAGCAGCAAGCACCAGCGCCGGUCCGGGGGUCAAGAGUGAAGUCACCUACUUUCAGCUAGAUUCAUCUGGUCGAAUCUCCGACACCAUGAACCAGGAGAACCCUUUGUCCCAGCAGAUCUCCGAUGUAGUCAAGCAGCCUGCUUUUAUAGCCGGCAUUGGAGCUGCAUGUUGGAUCAUCCUGAUGGUCUUCAGCAUUUGGUUGUACAGGCACAGAAAGAAAAGGAACGGCCUGUCCAGCAGCUACGCAGGCAUACGUAAAGUGCCAUCUUUUACAUUCACACCUACAGUAGCAUAUCAGAGGGGUGGAGAAGGUGUCAGCAGUGCUGGAAGGCCCGGUUUGCUAAACAUGGGAGAUUCGGCCACUCAGCCUUGGCUAGCUGACACAUGGCCCAACUCCUGCUCCAACCACAACGAUUGCAGCAUCAACUGCUGCACUGCAGGCAACGGCAACAGUGACAGCAACCUGGCCACGUACAGCCGACCAGCCGACUGUAUCGCCAAUUAUAACAACCAGAUGGAUAACAAGCAGCCAAACCUCAUCGUGCCAGAGUCAGGAGUCUAUGGAGAUGUAGACCUGUCCAACAAGAUCAAUGAAAUGAAGACCUUCAACAGCCCAAACCUUAAAGAUGGACGCUUUGUGGGCCCAGGGGGCCAGCCAACACCCUACGCCACCACCCAGCUUAUCCAGUCCUCCAUCAUGGGCAACAACAUGAACUCGGACAGAGGGACCGCAGGGAGCGGAGGUGGACUUGGGGUUGGAGGGGAAGUCAAUGAGAAACACUGCUGGAAGCCCCCCUCAGUCUUGCAGCAGAAACAGGAAAUGGGUUCCCAGCUCCAGUACAACAUCAUGGAGCAAAACAAGCUGAACAAGGACCGCUACAGAGGAGGUGACAGUCCUAUGCCAGCAACCAUCCCCUACAACCAGACUCAUGACACCCACACCGGGGGCUCGUACAACAGCUCUGACCGAGGCAGCAGCAGUACCUCCGGGAGUCAGGGUCAUAAGAAGGGAGUGCGCACCCCCAAAUUACCCAAACAAAGCACAAUGAAUUGGGCUGACCUUCUCCCCCCUCCUCCUGCAAACCCAACUUCAAGUCGGAACACAGAAGAGUACUCCCUUUCGAUGGAAGAAAGCUGUGAUCCAGACAUGCAGUGCACCAUGCCCCCCUCUCACAUGUACCUGCAGCCUGAUGAGCUCGAGGAGGAAGAGGAGAUGGAGCGGGGGCCCACUCCUCCUGUCCGCGGGGCUGCCUCGUCCCCCGCUGCUGUAUCUUACAGCCACCAGUCAACAGCUACUCUCACCCCGUCACCCCAGGAGGAGAUGCAGCCGAUGCUCCAGGAUGCAUCAGACAGCCAUGAACGCAGGCGCCAUGGUGUGAGCCCCCCACCUCCUCCGAGGCCCCAUUCUCCCUUACACACAUAUGGGUACAUGAGCAGCCCGCUGGCCCUGGACACUGAUGGUCUGGAGGAGGAGGACAUAUUGGAAGAAGAGGAGGAGGAGGACGGCGAUGAAACGGACGCAGAGGUGGCCAAGAUGCACUACCACCACACGCACCCCCACACGCACCCCCACCACCCGCAGAUGCAUGCGCGAAGGUUGCUACUACGAGGGCUCGAACAGACGCCUGCGUCCAGCAUGGGCGACCUGGAGAGCUCUGUGACCGGCUCCAUGAUCAACGGGUGGGGGUCCGCCUCCGAAGAGGAUAAUGUCUCUUCAGGGAGGUCGAGCGCCAUCAGCUCAUCGGACGGGUCUUUCUUCACGGACGCCGAUUUUGCUCAAGCGGUCGCCGCAGCUGCAGAAUAUUCAGGAGUUCGGGUGGCGAAGUACCCCGUUUCACAGGGCCAGGAAGUAGGAGGAGCUCCAGCUCGAAAAUACCAAAUAAACCAGUCGGGCCACCGUCCUGGCAGCCCAGUGUCUACAGACAGUAAUAUGAGUAUGGCAGCUAUACACAGGAGGCCUCCUAAAAAGCAAAAACAGCAUCCUGCAGGUCAUCCAGGGAACCAGAGACGUGAAGCCUUCAGUGAAGAUCUCCCUCCUCCACCCAUUCCACCUCCAGCCGUGCUCAAGUCUCCUACACAUCCAUCCAAGACAGCUCUGGAAGGUCGGGGAGUAAUUUCCCCCAAAGCAGGAGAAGGGCGAGACAAGCGAGGAGGUGGUUAUCGGCCUCAGGACAGCUCAGAACCCAGAACCAGCUCCUCUGAACGCAAAGAUGCUCAGGACAGACAAAAAGCUGCUCAUGGAGGCAAAGGGAAUAAACCUGAGAGCAGCAUUAUCAACAAGACACGACAGCACGCAGGUUCAGAGGACAUUCUGCCCUAUAACCGACCCCAGUUUCCCACAGUUAACAGCCCUCGAGAUCCAAGCUCUUCCAGCUCCAUGUCGUCCCGAGGCUCAGGGGGUCGGCGGAGAGGGGAGGGAGUGCGCAGGAACCCUGCAGACAUGACUGUCAACAACUCUGGAACCUUUCAAGCAGGAGAUGAAGAGCUAGAGAUGGUAGAAAGCUGAAGACGAUGAGAGGAAAAAAGGAACUGUUCAGAAUUUUCCAAAAGUGGAGCACCAUUGUUUCUCUUACAUUUUUAAAUAUCUCAGUAUUUCACUUUCAUGUUGGCUGCCAUCAUACUGUACAUCAUAAGUGUUUCUUUACAUCUCAAAAACAGACCUUUUUUUAACUCAUAAUUUGUUAUGCCCUUUGAAAUAACAAAAUGGAAGGUGAAAAGAUAAAAGACAGAUGCAUUCAAAACUAAAUACGCCGUGGCAUAUUUAUGUUUAAUUCCAAUGCAAUAUGGAGUGAAGUCCUGCUCCUGAAAUUUACAUGACUCAGCUUGCCUUGACACGAACUUUGAAGAGCCCGUACAGUGAGAUGUUACUGUAACAGAACCGCUGCAAACAGAGAGGUGAACUGUGUGUAAAUAUACGUGUCCACGUGACAUCUUGUUUUACCCAUUGUGGUUUUCUCAAAAUGGUCUUCCUUGUUUCAUUUUGCAGGUUCUAACUUUAUUAUGCCAGUGAAAAGAAAUAUUUUAUCAUUUCCAUCCAUUUUGUAAAUUGCUGUUAUUUAGCUGCCCCCAAAAAAGUGCCACUAUGGGAUUUUUUUGUUUGUUUUGUUAUUUUUUGGGGUUUUUUGUAAUGCACUGUUAUGUUCUGUGUUGUCAUCAAUGUUUGUUGUUAUUUGUUUUACUUUGGUUCUAAAAGCACAAUCACUAAACUUUAUUUUAAACCAUUCUAUCUAUUAACCUUUUUGUCUUACUGAAGAAAAAAAAAGUAAGACAAAAGAGUCUAGUUAAUCCUUAUGAUGAUGAUGUAGGUAAAGGUUGCUGUUUACGAAGGCUGUGCUUGAAAAGAGACUUUGUAUGUUGAGAUUGUCUCCCUCUCCGGUUCCGACGCUAGCUUAAGUGAUAAAGACAGUUAAUGUGAGUCAUAGCUGCAAUGUAAAUAACCUUUUCAUAAUGACCAUAAACUCAGCUAUUGCACAUUAAUCAAAAUGGUUGUGUUGCCUAUGAAUGCACUUAAAUGAAUGUCGAACACAAGACUUGUGUCACUUUGGGAACCUGGAGAGGUUGUAAUUGGACAAGAGGAGUCUCGUUUCUUGGUACAAAUGGGCUGAUUGAGCCCCGUUUUCAGAAGAAGGGGUGCUGUUGUUUAUUCAUAAGACAUCUGCAAACAUUUGUUUCGUAAAGCAAAAAAGAAUGAAAAAAGAUGAAUAAAAAAUUUCAAACUAUAAA